AUGGUAUGCGAAACUACUAAAGGAGAAAUAACCCUGCUAGUGAACACUGCCGGGACUAUCCAAAAGAUAAAAUUCUACGUGAUCGAAGGGGACAUAAGGUACAAUGCCAAACUUAGAAGGCCAUGGGUUCAUAACAUGAGGGAGGUACCCUCAACCUUACACCAUGCACUGAAGUUCCCUAUGCCAGGAGGAAUCAAGACGGUCUACGGAGAGCAGCCAGUCACAAAGAAAAUGUUCACAGUCGACGAGGAAGAGUGGGGAGUAGACGAGGAGGGUGACUACGGAGUUCCUAGAUCAUUCAUAGCUCGUGAUGAUACCGAUGACACCAAAUCGACGAUCGAGGAGUUGGAGCAAGUCAUAUCGAUUGAACACUUACCAGAUCGAAAG